AUGAAGAAUUCAAAUACCAAAUUAACUGAAGCCGGAAUAUAUAAGGCUUCACAAUGUUCAUGGUAUAAAAUCCUUGUGGAUGAAUCAACUCGCGGAGAAAAUAUUGAUGAAGAAAAUAUUGCUUUAGAACUUUUAAAAGUUCGUACAAACCGUAAAAAGCAAUCGGCAGGAUUAGUUCAAGAUG